AUGAACAGUCAUGUUCAAGAUGCCGAGCAAAACGAAGAGAUUACCACGCGUGAAAAUGAGAUCAGACCUAUCAUCAAACGCACCAUCGCCGGUGAAGACAAUGCCAAAACACAGGCAGUCAUUUCCGAGCUUGUUCAGACAAAACGAGGGCUGAAACAACGUCAUAUUCAAAUGAUUGCCUUGGCUGGAACGAUCGGUACUGGCCUCUUCCUAGCGACCGGAAAAUCCUUAGCAAGGGGUGGACCACUGAGCAUGUUGCUCGCAUAUUGCAUUGUAGGCAUGCUUAUCUGCUGCUUGGUCUUUUCCGUAGCUGAGCUCAGUGCGCUGGCGCCUCUUUCAGGCGGUAUUAUCCGACAUGCAGAAUGGUUCGUUGACCCUGCGCUGGCGUUUGCACAAGGUUGGAACAGUGUUUAUGCAAAUGCUAUCCUGCUGCCGGCUGAGAUGGUGGCUUGUGCUGUCAUUAUCGACUUUUGGUCUGACGUUAACCAUGCGGUAUGGAUUAGCGCCCUUGGUGCGCUGCUGGUUAUUAGCAACAUGCUAUUGGUCAGUAUAUAUGGCGAGUUGGAGUUUGUUUUUGCAAUGUUAAAGAUUGCUCUGAUUGUUGGUGUGAAUAUCAUGAGUAUCUGCAUUACCUCUGGCGCAGGUCCACAGGGUUAUCCCAUGGGGUUUCGAUUUUGGCGAGACCCUGGACCCUUCGUGCAAUUUCUUGGUAUCGAUGGCUCAUGGGGACGGUUCCUUGGGUUUUGGCGCGUGCUGAGCAGUGCAGCUUAUGCAUUUUCCAAUGUUGAGAACGUGUCAGUUGCAGCAGCUGAGACGCAAAAUCCUCGCCAUAACAUCCCCAAAGCUGCCAAACGUGUGUUCUGGAGAAUCUUGAUAUUUUAUCUGAUCACUAUUUUCAUGAUGGGCCUUAUUGUCCCCUCCAAUGAUAAAGGGCUGCUAUCAAAUUCCGGCGAUGCUGGAGCGUCUCCAUUUGCGAUUGCUGCCACUAAUGUCGGGAUCAAAGUGGUACCUUCGAUUAUCAAUGCCGUCGUUGUCACAAGUGCAUGGAGCGCUGGUAACUCUGGACGCUAUAUGGCCUUGCUCAGGAGGGGCAUGCCCCAAAACUAUUCACUCGCAUCAAUCGAUUCCGGGGUUCCCUGGAUAUCAGUUGCUGCAGUCGGAUCUUUUCUUGCCUUGGGAUAUAUGACGCUGUCAUCUGCAGCUUCCAUUGUGUUUGAUUGGCUCCAGCAACUGGUCUCAGCUGCCUCUUUGGUACAUUGGAUUAAUAUAGAGGUGAUCUACUUGAGGUUCUUUUAUGGCUGCAAGAAGCAAAACAUCAGCCGUACUGAACUUCCUUGGAGUGGCCCCUUUCAACCUUACGCAGCAUGGAUCUCUCUGGUUUCUUUCAGUAUCAUUCUGCUUACUGGCGGAUUCCACGUGUUUAUUGAGGGCAACUGGAGCCCUCAAACUUUUGUAUCGUCAUACUUCAACAUUCCACUUAUAUUUGUCUUGUAUUUUGGGUACAAAUUUUGGCGAAAGACCCGGCUUGUUCCACUGGAAGAAAUUCCAAUCCAGGAAUUCAUUAACAUCGCUAAUGAAAAUCCAGAACCCAUCCCAUUUCCAGCUACUGGGUGGCGAAGAUUAAAUAUCCUUUGGGCUUGA